AUGGAGAGCGGCGGCGGGGCUCCCCCGGCUGGGGCGCUCGGGGCGGCGGCCGAGUCCGCACAGUGCCCGCUGCCGCCGGGGGACGAGGGCGCGGCGGGGCCGGCGUGGCCGCUGGAGCCCGAGGGGGCGGCCGAGGGCGAGGGUGCUGGAGGCGAGGGCGGGGGCGGGCCGCGGCGGGCUCUGCGGGCAGUGUACGUGCGCGGCGAGAGCCCCCAGGGCGGCGCGGCCGGCGGCCCUGAGGAGGGGGCGCGGCGGUGCUUGCUGCGGGCCUGCGAGGCCGAGGGCGCCCACCUCACCUCCGUGCCCUUCGGGAAGCUCGACUUUGGGGAGACAGCCGUGCUCGACGCCUUCUACGACGCAGAUGUUGCCGUGGUGGACAUGAGCGAUGUCUCCAGACAACCUUCCCUCUUCUACCAUCUUGGAGUCCGUGAAAGCUUUGACAUGGCCAAUAAUGUGAUCCUGUACCACGACACCGAUGCUGACACUGCUCUUUCAUUGAAGGAUAUAGUAACUCAAAAAAACACAGCAUCUAGUGGAAAUUAUUAUUUCAUCCCGUACAUCAUGACACCAUGCGCUGAUUAUUUUUGCUGCGAGAGUGACGCCCAGAGACGUGCCUCGGAGUACAUGCAGCCCAACUGGGACACCAUCCUGGGUCCGCUGUGUGUGCCCCUGGUGGACAGGUUUACUAGCCUCCUCAAGGACAUCCAUGUGACCUCAUGUGCUUAUUACAAAGAAGCCUUGUUAAAUGACAUCCGGAGAGCCAGAGAGAAAUACCAGGGUGAUGAACUGGCGAAGGAGCUGGCUCGCAUCAAACUCCGCAUGGACAAUACCGAGGUUCUGACCUCAGACAUCGUCAUUAAUUUACUGCUGUCCUAUCGUGAUAUCCAGGACUAUGAUGCAAUGGUGAAGCUGGUAGAAACACUGGAAAUGCUGCCGACGUCUGAUUUGGCUGACCAGCAUAACAUUAAAUUCCACUAUGCAUUUGCACUGAAUAGAAGAAACAGCACAGGCGAUCGUGAGAAGGCUCUGCAGGUCAUGCUCCAGGUUCUGCAGAGCUGUGACCACCCGGCCCCCGACAUGUUCUGCCUCUGCGGGAGGAUAUACAAGGACAUCUUCUUGGAUUCGGACUGCAAAGAUGAUGCCAGCCGAGACAAUGCCAUUGAGUGGUAUUGCAAAGGGUUUGAGCUCCAGCCAUCUCUUUAUUCAGGAAUCAACCUUGCAGUUUUGCUGAUAGUUGCUGGACAGCAAUUUGAAACUUCCAUGGAGCUAAGGAAAAUAGGUGUCCGGCUGAACAGUUUGUUGGGAAGAAAAGGGAGCUUGGAGAAAAUGAACAAUUACUGGGAUGUGGGUCAGUUCUUCAACGUCAGCAUGUUGGCCAAUGAUGUUGGGAAAGCUGUCCAGGCAGCAGAGAGGUUGUUCAAACUGAAACCUCCAGUCUGGUACCUGCGAUCAUUAGUUCAGAACUUGUUAUUAAUUCAGCGCUUCAAGAAACCCAUUAUUGAACAUUCACCCAGGCAAGAACGGCUGAACUUCUGGUUAGAUAUAAUUUUUGAGGCAACAAAUGAAGUUACUAAUGGACUCAGAUUUCCAGUUCUGGUGAUAGAACCAACCAAAGUCUACCAGCCUUCGUAUGUCUCUAUAAACAGUGAAGCCGAGGAGAGGACAGUUUCUCUAUGGCACGUCUCACCCACGGAAAUGAGACAAAUUCAUGAAUGGAAUUUUACAGCCUCUUCCAUUAGAGGAAUAAGCAUAUCCAAGUUUGAUGAACAGUGUUGUUUUCUUUACGUCCAUGAUAAUUCUGAUGACUUUCAAAUCUACUUUUCCACUGAAGACCAGUGCAGUAGGUUUUGCUCUUUGGUCAAAGAGAUGAUAGCCAACGGAGUGGGCAGUACAGUGGAGCUGGAGGGAGAGACCGACGGGGAUACCUUAGAGUAUGAGUAUGACCACGAUGCGAAUGGUGAGAGAGUGGUGCUGGGGAAGGGCACAUAUGGGAUCGUGUAUGCCGGCAGAGAUCUGAGCAAUCAAGUGCGAAUAACCAUCAAAGAAAUUCCAGAGAGAGACAGCAGGUACUCUCAGCCUCUGCAUGAGGAGAUCGCCCUGCACAAGAACCUCAAGCACCGCAAUAUUGUUCAGUACCUGGGCUCUGUUUCCGAGGACGGCUACAUUAAGAUAUUUAUGGAGCAGGUGCCUGGGGGAAGCCUUUCGGCUCUUUUGCGAUCAAAAUGGGGGCCGAUGAAGGAGCCCACCAUCAAGUUCUACACCAAGCAAAUCCUGGAAGGCCUCAAGUAUCUCCACGAAAACCAGAUUGUGCACAGAGACAUAAAGGGUGAUAACGUUCUGGUGAAUACCUAUAGCGGAGUGGUGAAAAUCUCCGAUUUCGGCACCUCUAAACGUCUUGCAGGAGUGAAUCCAUGUACAGAGACUUUUGCUGGCACUCUGCAGUACAUGGCGCCCGAGAUUAUUGAUCGAGGACCUCGUGGGUACGGUGCCCCGGCUGAUAUCUGGUCCCUGGGCUGCACCAUCAUUGAGAUGGCCACCAGCAGGCCUCCGUUCCAUGAGCUCGGUGAACCGCAGGCAGCAAUGUUCAAAGUGGGGAUGUUUAAGAUUCACCCUGAGAUUCCGGAAACCCUUUCAGCUGAAGCCAGAGCCUUCGUUUUAUCCUGUUUUGAGCCUGACCCCCACAAACGUGUCACCGCUGCUGGGCUGCUCCAAGAGGGUUUCUUAAGGCAGGUGAACAAGGGCAAGAAGAACCGAAUUGCUUUCAAGUCGGCAGAGGGUCCCCGGGGCGCCACGCUGACCCUGCCCCUGGCGGGGGAGCUGAUGGGGGGCGGCAGCAACAGCGAGCAUGGCUCGGUCUCCCCGGACUCCGAUGCCCAGCCCUACGUGUUCUUCGAGAAGUCCCCGCCGCCCACGCACCGGCUCAGCCACCUGCUCAGUGUUCCUGAUGAGAGCUCGGCCUCAGAGGACCAGAGCGCAGCCUCAUCCCUGGAGGACAGGGACCCGGGCCUCUUCCUGCUGCGCAAGGACAGCGAGCGCCGUGCCAUCCUCUACAGGAUCCUCUGGGAGCAGCGGAACCAGGUGGCUUCCAACCUGCAGGAGUGCGUGGCCCAGAGUUCAGAAGAGUUGCAUCUCUCAGUCGGCCACAUCAAGCGAAUAAUUGCGAUCCUGAGAGACUUCAUCCACUGCCCGGAGCACAGGGUGAUGGCAUCCACGAUAUCAAAGCUAAAGGUGGACCUGGACUUUGACAGCUUGUCCAUCAAUCAGAUUCAUCUGAUACUCUUUGGAUUUCAGGAUGCUGUAAAUAAAAUUUUGAGGAACCACUUAAUUAGGCCCCACUGGAUGUUUGCAAUGGACAACAUCAUCCGUCGAGCGGUGCAGGCUGCAGUCACCAUCCUCAUCCCAGAGCUCCAAGCCCACUUUGAGGCCGCCUCAGAGACCGAAGGGGUGGAUAAGGACACGGAUGAGGCGGAAGAGCACCAUCCCCCGGCAGACCCACGCGGCAGCGAGGCGCAGGCGGCGUGUGGGUGGAGCGGGCCCGUUCCAGCAGUUGCCCGGGAGGCCCAGCCCCAGCAGCUCCACCAGCAGCAUCUGAGCCUCCAGCUGAGCAAACUCAGGCAGGAGACCAACAGACUUUUGGAACAUCUAGUUCAAAAAGAGAGAGACUACCAGAAUCUUCUACGGCAAACCCUAGAACAGAAAACUCAAGAAUUGUAUCAACUGCAGUUACAAUUCAAAUCUAAUGAGAUUACAGAGAACUCAGCGUCCCCUCCUCGGUCUUACGGGCAGAGAACAGAUAAAGAGCUUGUCGAUUGGUUGCAACUGCAAGGAGCGGAUACGAAAACAAUUGAAAAGAUUCUUGAAGAAGGUUAUACACUUUCUGAUAUUCUUAAUGAUAUCACUAAGGAAGACCUAAGGUACCUUAGACUACGUGGUGGUCUCCUCUGCAGGCUCUGGACUGCAGUCUCCCAGUACAGAAGACAGGAUCAGGGGGCCCCGGCAACCCAAGAUGAGGCUUAAUCAAUCAGCUAAGCCAGGGGA